UUACCACCUUCUCAUACUUCAAUAUCUAUUUCAAUAGCUUUUGCCUGUUCCAUUGCUCAUGGCUUAUGUUCAUGUUAUCAUAGCUCUUCUCUUUGCAAUAGUUUUGGCUAGAAUUGACCUAUCAUCAUGCCAAAUUGUAAAUGGCAAAGUCUCAUGUGUUGAUUGCACUCACAACGAUGAUUUAUCUGAUAUUAAGGUUGCAGUGAAAUGUGAAGGUGUUAAAAACCUAGCCAUGACAACAACAGAAGAGGAUGGUUCCUUCAAGGUUAACCUUCCCUCAGACCAAACAAAAACAUCUAUGAACUGUUUGGCUAAACUUCUUGGUGGAACAAUUCAACUUUAUACCAAAAAGCAAAACCAAGUUUCAAAAAUUAUCCAAGGAAAAGAAGAAAACAGCUACACAAUCUCAACUCCUCUUAGUUUCAUGAUGUCAUGUCCCAAAAACACAAAUUGUAAGGCUGCAAAACCUGUUGGUUCAUCCAAAACUAUUGAUAUUCCUUUGCCUCCAGAAUGGGGUUUGGCACCUAGUAGCUAUUAUGUACCUUUUGUUCCCAUCAUUGGAAUACCUUAAAUUUAAUUAAUCAUGUUUUCAAGUGAUGUAUAAUCACUUGAGUAAUGAAAAUUAUAGGGAACAAUAGACUUUUAUAUGGUCUUAUUUGUAGUAUAUAAUUAUAAUUAUAUUAUAUUUAUAUAUGUAAUGAAUCAUGGUGUAACAUAUAUGUAGCUGAACAAAUGCAACAUAUAUGUAAUGAUGUAUUAUGUAGUGUGCGUGUGAGAAAAUGUCAAAUAUAUUCAUCUUUUUUCCAA